CACAAGAGACUAUAUAAGAGUCGAACAGAACUGCCUGAAUGCUUAAUGAAACAAAUGAGGCAUCUGGUAAUCAUAGUCUGUCUGCUGGUGAGCAAGACUUUAGGACUCAGUCAGGGGCACUUGAGAAUUAUCAAUGGAACAGCGGCGAAGCCCAAACAAUUUCCCUACCAGGUAGGUCUGCAGUCUUACUUCAGCAACUCGAAGGAUGAACAUAGCUCAUGUGGUGGCACUAUCAUCUCCAAGCGUUGGAUAUUGACAGCAGCACAUUGCUUGCAGGAGCCAAAACUUACUUUAAUUAAGGUUCUCGUAGUUGCGGGUAUUAUCAAUAUGAAUGCUAAAGAGUUGGGAUCUGUGCAAAUGUGGGUCAAAAGGAGCAACACCAUUGUUCACCACAAAUAUGAUCGCAACACUGUGGCUUUUGACAUUGGCCUGAUCAAGUUGCCUCGUGAUCUUGAGAUGAGUGCCUAUAUACAGCCCGCAAAGUUGCCAAAGGGGAAAGAUAAUAAAAAUACAUACGUGGGUCGAACUGCGAUUAGCUCUGGAUGGGGAUGGACCGCCAACCAAAAACCCAGUGAUGUAUUGCAAUUUUUAACAUUAAAGAUAAUCUCCAAUAAGCAGUGCGAGAAAGAAUGGAAUGAUUAUCUAAUAGGCGAACGGAAACUAAUACUGAGUUCCUUUUUAUGCGUUGAUUCCACUCAAGGAUUGCCAUGCCGUGGCGACUCUGGUGGACCUCUGAUACUAGAUGAUAACUCACGAACUGUAGUUGGGAUUGUCUCACAUGGUUUCGAUGAAAUCUGUCGGAUCAAAGUACCAGAUAUAUUUACACGUGUCUCCUCGUUCAUCGAUUGGAUUGAGAAACACACAGGUCGAUUGACCUAGACUAGUAACGAAUUAUAUCCUAUAAAAAUAAAUUGAUAUAUUUAAUUAUCAUGCAAGUUAA